GUGAGCAUUGGUGCCUGAGAGCCAGCUCUGUCUCCCUGCCUGCCCACUCAAGUGGCGAUUCCCUGGAGUUGUCUGUGCCCUCUGGAGCCUCAGCAGAUCCUUCUUUCAGAACUCACUACCGAGAGCCCUGAACAGAAGCCACCAUGCGGUGCUUCGGCUUCAUUAAAACGAUGAUGAUCCUCUUCAAUUUCCUCAUCUUUCUGUGUGGUGUUGCCUUGUUGGCAGUGGGCAUCUGGGUGUCAGUCGAUGGGCCAUCUUUCCUGAAGAUCUUUGGGCCGCUGUCAUCCAGUGCCAUGCAGUUCGUCAACGUCGGCUACUUCCUCAUCGCAGCCGGUGCUAUACUCUUCGCUCUUGGUUUCCUGGGCUGCUACGGUGCUCACUCGGAGAACAAGUGCGCCCUUAUGAUGUUCUUCUUGAUCCUCCUCCUCAUCUUCAUCGCGGAGGUGGCAGCUGCUGUGGUGGCCCUGGUGUACACUACAAUGGCCGAGCACUUCCUGACGUUGCUGGUCGUGCCCGCCAUCAAGCAGGACUAUGGCUCCCAGAAGGACUUCACGCAAGUGUGGAACAGCACCAUGGCAGGGCUCGGGUGCUGUGGCUUCAACAACUACACGGACUUUGAGGGCUCCCCCUACUUCCUGAGGAACCAUACCUUUCCCCCAUACUGUUGCUUCGACAGUGGCAAUGGCACAGCCACAGAAGCCUGCACAGAGGAGAGGGCUAAGGACAAGAUUGUACAGGGUUGUUUCAGUCAGCUUCUGUAUGACCUCCGGGCCAACUCGGUCACUGUGGGGGGCGUGGCAGCCGGAAUCGGGGCCUUGGAGCUGGCUGCCAUGAUUGUGUCCAUGUAUCUGUACUGCAAUCUGAAAUAAGUCUGCUCUGCCUCCGCCACUGCUGAUGCCACACACGAACUGAGGAGAGGCACCCUGGCACUGCCAGGUGGCAGUGAUUAGGGUGGGGACAGGAUCUAACAGUGUCACUUGGGCCAGAGUGGGCCGGCCUUGCUGCUCUGGACUGGUGGCCAAAUAGGGGAUCGCCCCCUUCAAGCUGUGCCUGACUUUUCCUUCCAUUGGUGGGCUUGGGGCCUGAAGCAGCCAGUUCUCCUGCCCCAACCUCCAGUCUGUCCCUGAAACGCUUGACACCGCCUCAGGCCCAGGUGUGCUCUUGCUGAUCCCAGCAGCCUCCUGGGGGAUAAGAGAAAGACACCCUAUAGUACGGGCAUGUGCAAAACCAGCAGUCACCAGGCGGAUAUGUAGAAGGCACUUCAGAACCCAAUACCCAAUUAAAAUGUCUC